GAUUAUUUCAGAAAAACUUGAGCAUGAUAUCCUCUCAAAUGGAUCCACGAUUCCUCCAAAUUUCCAGAGAUUGCGUUUGCUUCAUUUGAAGCUCUCCAAACUUGUAAGCGAACUUGAUAAAGAUCUCGGCUGGUUUUACGCCGCUAACAUUGGAUUCGGGACGGGACUCGGAGUGUUUACGCUCUACCAGAUCAUGAAAACUACGAUGGACAUGUUCUUACUGAUUAUGUUCGUGUUCUGGUUACUUUCCUCCCUGGCAAUAAUUGGCUUCGCUGCAACUUUUGCCGCCUUCUUACAUGACGCGGCCCACGGACCACUUGAGCACGUGUAUGACAUAAACGUACAGGACAUCUCGAUGGAGAAACUCGCUCAGGUGAACCUGUUCCUGUCGAAGCUUACGGGAACCCAGAUCGGUUUCACGACUUGUGGCCUCCUUACUAUUAACAAGGAGUUCAUUCUUACGAUUGCAGGGGUGUUUCUCACAUACUUCACUGUUCUUUACACACUGUGA